CUCCCCACCGUUUUCAUAAACACUCACCCCAAAACAGCCCCCCAGUAAUGCAGAGUCUUGCUAUGAAAACACUGGCAGUGUGUGUGAUUUUGUGUGUGCACAUGAAUGCGUGUAUGUGAAAGGGGGAGAAAGAUACUGCAUGUAUGCGUGUGUUAAGAGUUAGCUCCAGCUAAUCGGUGAUCCUUCUCUCUGCUGGACGGAUGAGGUCAGGAGAGUUAACAUGAAAGGGAAGAGAAGAGAGAGCUCUGCUGUCAGUCUCUGCCAACAAGACAAAACGUCCUUUUCUUCCUCCUUAUUUUUCCUUCCUCUCUUCCUUCUCCAUCAGUCUCUCUAUCUUUCAUUAUACUGUACCAGAAAGAGAUGAUUACUUUGUUGAGGUACAGUACACUGUGUUAAAAAGCAGCAGUCAUUUCUGCUCUACUGUGAUCGAGAGAGUGUAGAACAGCUCUGGGAGAGUCUGUGAGACAGGGAAGGAGGAGGAGCAGAGAAGGAGGACCUGUGUGUGUGUGUGUGUGUGUGUGGCCUGGAGAAGCCACUCCUCCUCUGUGCUGAUUCCAGCCGUCACAGGGCUAAUGAAGCCCACACCGCUCUGCCAGUGUGUCAUACUGUCACCAGCCUGGAGGACUGAGCACACACAGGCAGCGGGACAGUCUGCCUCCACUCACUCAGCCUCAGGAAGAGCUGGAGAGAAGAGAGAGAAAGGAAGGAGGGGAUAUUAUUUGUGUCUCCUGUAUUUAUCUCUGCCGGGAGAUCAGACUGAGACUACAUAUUGUAAGAUAGAGAGUUUCUCUGAGCAAAGCCGCCUCCCCCGCGGCCGGGGUUCUUGGAUUAGUCCUUCCUGGGGUGGAGAGUGAGUAGACCUGCGGACCGAACCAGCAUGGGGAACCAGGCGGGUAGGCUGGAGGAACCUGAGUCAGGUGUUCAAUCAGGAUCUAAGAAGUCUGGAAUCCCUGCCCCCAGGGAGAUCCCCCCCACCAUGACCAGAGACCGCGUGUCGCUGAGGGAUCAGUUGAGGACCUCCACGAACAAGAAGAUGGUCCCCAGCGUCAGCACCUCCAGCCUGGCCACCCUAGCAACCAAGCACCAGCGCGGCUCCACCACCACAAAGCCCAGGAUAGACGCCGAGGGCUCGGAGAGAGGCUUCCUGGAGUGCCAGAUUAAGGAGCUGCUGGCUGAAGCCAAGGCGAAGGAGUUUGAGAUCAGCAAGCUGAGGAUGGAGCUGCAGCGCUGCCGGGGGAAAUCCUCGUCUUCCUCACCUCACAACACCCCCUUCACCCUACCUGAGGGUGCCCCCGAGCAGGGUCAAGGCCCAUCCCARCAGGCUACAGACGCCCAGGCCCUGGUUGGGGAGCUGAGGGAGAAGAACGGGAAGUUCCAGAGGGAGCUGGCGGCUCUGAGGGAGGAGAACCAGGUCCUGAAGGAGAAGCUUUUCUCCCUGGAGUCCUUGCCUGCCUCUCCUCUGUCCAACAACACUACCACCACCACCAGCCCCUCCAAACCCUCCAUCAACGGCCUCCCUUUAGACAACAACACCACUCCCCCAGCCAAGUCAGCCAUACCCAGCCCGCUCAAAACCUCAGUCUCCUCCAGCAGUGACAUCACCAAGGGCUCGCCCUCGCCAGACUCCUCAGAGUUUGAGAAGAUCCCGUCGCGGUCUGACUCAGUGAGCAGCAGCGAUGGGGGCUGUGGUGGUGUAGGGGUUGUAGGUGUGAGGAAGGGUCAGGGUCGCGACCCCUCAGUGGAGAGGUUGACGGAGCAGAUCCAGAAAAUGGAAGAGAGUCAGCACAGCACGGCAGAGGAGCUCCAGGCCACACUACAGGAGCUGGCCGACCAGCAGCAGGUGGUCCAGGAGCUGACGGCUGAGAACGAGCGCUUGGCCGAGGAGAAGGGCCUCUUACAGACGUCGCUGCAGCAGCAGAGGGAGAGGGUGGAGCUGCUGGCCCAGAUGAACGAGGCCCUGGCCGGGAGGCUGCAGGAGGCAGCCCAGGCCCAGAGCGGGGACGAGGACCGGGCAGCCGAGCUGGAGCAGCGCUACACUGACCUGGUGCAGAGCUCUCGCUUCGAGAGGGAAAAGCUGGUGGACAUCCAGCAGCAGCUGACGGGGAGCUUGAGGGCCCUGGAGCAGGAGCACCAGGAGACCCAGGGGCAGGUGAGGUCCCUCAGAGAAGAGAGGGACGGCCUCCAGUGCCGGGUGGAGAGGGAGGAGGAGGCCGGGGGUGAGAUGACACGGGCGGCUGAGGAACACAAGGCGGCAGCGGACGCCCUGAGGGUGAAGAACGGACGGCUCAAAGCCCAGGUGGACAUAGAGAGGCAGAAGGUUGGYGAACUGAAGGCCAUGCAGAGUGCUGGGGACAGCACAGAGCUGCAGAGGCUGCUGAAGGUGGCCCACGCUGAGAGAGACAGACUGGAGGGGGAGGUAACAGGGCUACGGCAGGAGCUGCUACAGGCCCAGACCGACGCUGAACACGCCCAGGGACUGCUCUCCAAGGUGGAGGCUGAGUGCCAGCAGGUGGCAGAGCGAGCCGUGAGCCGGGAGGAGGAGCUGAGUGGCCGGGUCAGUGCCCUAGAGAAUGGGGGUAGGCAGGCCGACGGCCAGAUCAAGGACCUGAAGGAGACCAUUUUUGAGCUGGAAGACCAGGUGGAGCAGCAGAGGGCUGUCCACCUCCACACCAACCAGACCAUCCUGGACCUAGAGAACCAACUCAAGAAGCUGGAGGAGCAGAAGGCUGAAGUGGAGAGGCAGCUGAAGAUCUUGAGUAAACAGAUGAAGGAUGAGACGGAGGAGUGGCGACGGUUCCAGGCAGACCUCCAGACAGCCGUAGUGGUGGCCAACGACAUCAAGGUGGAGGCCCAGCAGGAGAUCCGCUCUCUGAGGAGGAGGUUACAAGAGGAGCAGGGUCGCAGCACCAAGCUGUCCUCAGACCUGGAGCAGCUGCAGGGAGUCAGGUUGUUGCGUGGCGACUCUGAGAGUUUGUCGGACGCAGACGGCAGUCCUCACUGGCGUGGCAUCUCUAUGACCCAGACCACCCAGACACCGACCACCUCCUUAUCCAUCAACACCAACAGCAAUGCUGCCUCCUCACCCUCGGAGCCCGGAGCCACCGUCAAAUCCCUCAUCAAGUCCUUUGACACAGCAGUACAGAAUGGACCUGGGCCUGGACACACGGUACAGAUGCACUCCUCACCUAGACGCCUUCUAAGUGGGAUCCCUGUCCGCACAGCACCCGCAGCUGCAGUCUCCCCCAUUCAGAGGCAUUCGUCUAUCAAACCACUCUCAAAGACACUGGAGAAAAGGAUCAACCAUGGAGAUUUCUCUCAUCCAGAUAAGUACGGGGGCUCUGGGGAUGAGCUGAAGCCCAGCAGCCUUAUGAGGAAGAGUCCUUCCCUGGAGUCAGUCAUCAAGUCCCCAGCAACCCUCAGCAGCUGCAGUCACUCCAUGAGCUACAACAGGAACAACAGCAAGCUCAGUGUGGAAAGAAAGGACCCCUUGGCGCACUGGCGCGGGGAGUACGGGGGUUCUAAGAGGAACGCGCUACUGAAGUGGUGCCAGAAGAAAACAGAAGGCUAUCCGAACAUUGAUGUGACAAACUUCAGCAGCAGCUGGAGUGAUGGCCUUGCAUUCUGUGCUCUCCUCCACACCUACCUGCCUGCACAUAUCCCUUACCAGGAACUCAUCAGUCAAGACAAGGGGCGGAAUCUGUCCCUGGCGUUUCAGGCUGCAGAAAGCAUCGGCAUCAAACCCUCCCUGGACAUUGAUGAGUUGAUGCACACGGACAGACCGGACUGGCAGAGUGUCAUGCAGUACGUUUCUCAGAUCUACAAGUACUUUGAGACUUGACCAGAGAAGAGGAGGAGGAGAAGGAGGAUUAGGAGGAGGAGGAAGAAGAAGAGGAAGAAUGGAGGCACAGCAGCACUUUUUGUCCGGUCCAAGUCUCCUUCUCUCAACAUGGAACCCUAGAACCCUGUCUCAACCCCCUCAACACUUGCAUCCAUCUCAACACUAAACGCACGAAGAACCCUCCUGUUCAUUUGAAGUUUGAUCUUGCUUACUGUUACUGUUUUGUACAUAAUGGUACAAUUGACGCUGAGUGUCAGAAUGCUGAAUUCUCUGACUGCAUAUAAGAAGACACGCUGCAAUUAUAUUGGAAUGUUUAUGUUGAAGUCCAAUGAUUAUUUUGAAAUUAUACUUUAAAGGAAGAGUUUGAUUUUACAUGAGAAGCCUAUAUCAAAUAAAAUUGCCUGGUUUCUGUUUGUCCAAAAGAAACCAUUGCCUUUGUUUAUGUUAUGAGACCGACCCAUGUUGCCAUCUAUGAUGUCAUACUAAAAUGAAUUGACAACACUACAUGUAGCUCUGAAUAAUUAGAUUUUACAUUCACUUUUAUGUUAUUAUUAAUACAGAAUGUAUUUGCUGUUUGUACGCUGUGGGACUGACUGACUGACUGACUGACUGACUCAAUCAAACCAUUGUAUGAUGUGUCCUUUAGCAAGUGUUGUUUCUAGUUCUUGCACAGCAAUAUGGUUUUGUCUCCAGCAAGCAUCUUUCAGCUGGAGCUAUCAUACUGGGGAUGGUCGAAUGAACAAGAACUGCAAAAUGUAUUCAAACUAUGACAUUUGUGAAAAUGUCAUCCAAAUGUACCAUGAAGGACACGUUAUACUAUCUGGAAUCAAUCAAACCACCUUGAAUUUGCAGCUUCAGUUAUGGUUUGUCUCUUAUAAAGAAGGAAGUGCUGUAUAGUGUUUAUUUAUUUACAUAUGUGCUGGGAAAUGUGAGAAUGAUGCAGGAAAUGCAUGUGAGCAUUUUUUAUUUACUGAGAUUUCAGAGAUUUACUCAGAGGUGGAUAUUGUUAAAUAAAUUAUUUUGUCAAUCA